AUGGACCAUUUAGAUUACGAUCCACAUCCACGUAUUCUUGGUGGAAGAGUCGAAGAGCUUUCCGACCUUGCUGGAGAUGAAGAACAACCCCCUAGACCUAAUCCACGACGUGCUUGGGGUGGUCAUGGUGGUGAUGACGGCGGUGACAGCCUGUUGAUGGCGGUUGGAUCAGCGGUGGCUGUUGAUUCCGAUCAUAAUUUUUUCCAUGGAGGGAGGAUUCAUGAUUACUCAACAAUCUUGCAUCUAAUGUACACUGCAACUCUUGUAACCAUCUACUUACCAAUCAUAUCACUUAUUCAAGUGAAGUUUCAAAACCAAAAAAAAUCUCCUUUUGAAACAAGUGGUUUCUUUAUGAACUUAUCAGUUGUUGCUUUAUGCAUAGCUACAGCCACUUCAGGAGUCCUGUUUUACAUAAACCAUCGGUUGCAAAACUCAACAAUGGAGGACUUCUCUCUUGUUCAUUACAUGAUCCUAAAAGGAGUGUUUUCCUUCUUUGGCAUCCUCACCCCUGUUUCCCUCAUCCUCGUGUUAAUUAUCCCUAAGAAGCUUGAUUGGAUUAGUUACUUAACCAUAUGUGUACUCCUUGGUGUCGUAGCCAUAUCUAACUACCGUGUCUACAAGAGGUUAAAUGACAUGGAAGACGAGAUCAACAUGGAAGCUCAUCAAAUGGUCUAA